CCAACUGCGGCUGCCCAGAUUACGAAAGCAGCUUGCGCCUCUUCAUCACUUCACCUUGGGACCAGGGUCAUCGAGGUUGACACGACACAUUUCUACUCGCUUGGCUAUUACAGGACGCUGUCUCUCUUCCUGACGCUCGCUUCUUGUCGCUCUUUUUUCCUUUCUUCCUCCCCGUCUACCAACCCUCACCAGCUCAUCACCAGCUCAUCGCCAGCCAGUCGAUCCCGUUCUUUCUGCCAAACAAUCUGCACGAACGCCACACAAACUGUCGUUCCCGGAUCUCACCGCCCGCCCUCAACAAGAACUAGUUCCGGGACAGUGUAAGGAUGGGCCUCACCGAGGAAGAAUCCAUUGCUUUCCACCGCAACACGACAACAAGCGGGAGGGAGUUGACUGCCGAAGAGCGUGAGAGACUGCUCAAGCGCCUUCUGCCCACACCACGAACACAGGACAUGGCGGUUUCACAGACGUCAACGGGGACGUACAGCAAGUCCAGCAACGUUAUCCGAAAGACAUCCAGCUCAACCACGACUGUGACGCCGACGACUCGCCAAAAAGCCGUGGCCGCCCACCGUAACAAGCCGAUCCGCAACCUGAUCAAGACGCAAUUCCACAUCUUCGUCUACACCGUCAUUCAGUUCAUCUUCGGCCUGUACAUCCGCACUCGCAUCGCAUACCACGCCGUAUCUGAACGCAUACUAGCCGUGCUAUACUACCACCAUCGCACGCCCGAGCUGAUCCGCAAGGACGUACGGCACCUCUCCAAGCUUCCCCAGCACCUGUCCGUCAUCCUCACGCUUUCACCCGAGGACGCAAACUCCACCGGUCUCGAGAAGCUGGUCAAUGAUGUCGCCGAGAUAGCGGCUUGGUGUGCGAGCGCCGGCAUACCCGCGCUAAGCGUGUACGAGAGGACGGGCAUACUGAAGAGAUACAUUCCGCACACGCACCACUCCAUCGCCCGCACGCUGCAGGCUUACUUCGGCAACACGCCGUACUCCAACUGCCCGACCGUCUCCGUCCGCGCGCCCAACAUGUCGACCUACAGCCCUCCAAACACGCCGCCCGAGUUCGCGUCCGAAUUGGACGCGGACUCCCACCCGCAGCACCUCAGCGUCCUGCUGCUCUCCGCCGAGGACGGCCGGUCCACACUGGUCGACCUCACGAAAACACUCGCCGAGAUGGCGCAGAAGUCCAAGCUCUCGCCCGCGGACAUUUCCACGGAGCUGAUCGACGCCGAGAUCAGCGAGUCGGUGAUGGGCGAGCCGGACCUGCUUAUCGUGUUCGGGCCUAAGAUCGUCUUGGAGGGAUAUCCGCCGUGGCAGGUGCGGUUGACGGAGAUCUUCUGCGUGAAGGACAACACGGAGGGCGUCGGCUAUCAGGUGUUUUUGAGAGCCCUGUGCAACUUCGCAAAGGCCCAGAUGAGGUUUGGACGGUAGAAACGCCGAUUCACUUUACAAGGGUGUGCUCGUUGAGGAAUCCGUGGGCAUGUAGGUUCAACUGUACUAGUACCACGACCGGCGAAACCGCUUUUCCGUACGCGUCCUUUCUUUGCUGAGCAAGGGGAACAAUGGGUCGGGGGUUGGAAUACCACGGGCUUGUAAUUUGGCGGGAAAAAAAAUCUACGACGAAAGGGCAACAGUAGUUUCUGCGGACAAGAAGAAACAAAUAUUAGAUCACGUUUUCGAAGACCGACAGGUACACGCUUUGUAGAGAAUUCGGCGUUGGAAAGCCGGCUCUAAGUAAAAUGUGAACACACACGCAUCUGCGCGCGCGAAGCGUCUUGUAUAGGCAUCCCAGGAUUCAAGUCCUUUCAAUGACGGCC